GAUCGCCGGAGAUGAGCCCAGUGCAGUUGAAGUACCGAAGGCCACCUCCCCAACUCCACCAACCCUUCACCACUGCCGCCUUCGUUAAACCUUGGUUUGCCGCGCCUCCGCCGCCGCCAAAACGCUACCAAAACGAUGGUGUCGAUCCAAUCCUCACAACCCUUUCAGAAGCCAUAGCAAACGCCCCAAACAAAUCCUUCCAAGCCUCCCUCAAGAGCCUCCUCCCAUCUCUUAAGCCCCGCCAUAUCGUCAACCUAAUCAAUACCAACCCUAGCUGUCUCUCCCCUUCCUCUCUCUACUCUUUCUUUACAUGGCUCGCCUCCCACCCUUCCCCUUUCCGCCACACCCUCCACACCUACUCCACCAUGGCCCACUUCCUCUGCGCCCACAAUAUGCUCCCGCAGGCUCUUGCUCUUCUCCGAACUGUUGUUUCCAGAAAAGGAAAGGACUCCGCUUCUGCAAUUUUUGCUUCCAUUCUUGAUUCUAAAGGUACCCUAGAUUCCACUUUCCGGCUUGCCAAUUUCCUUAUCAUUGUUUAUCUUGAUUCCAGUUUUAUUCCCGAUGCAAUUCAGUGUUUUCGGAUUAUUAAGAAGCAUAGGUUACGUAUUCCGUUUGAAGCUUUUUACCGAGUUAUUGAUCAUGUGAUGAAAAUGAAUCCACCAUUGGUAGCUUGGGGUGUUUAUAAGGAGAUUUUGGAAUCCGGGUAUCCUCCAAGUGUGUAUUGUUUUAACAUAUUGAUGCAUAAACUAUGUAAGGAAGGAGCAAUGAAGGAAGCUCAUUUGGUUUUUUAUGACAUUGGGAAAUGGGGUCUAAAGCCUACUGCUGUUAGCUUCAAUACUUUGAUCAAUGGAUAUUGCAGGUUGGGUGAUUUAGAUGCAGGGUUUAGGUUGAAGAGUGUAAUGGAGGACAAUGGGGUCGUACCUGAUGCUUAUACUUACAGUGCUCUGAUCAAUGGGCUCUGCAAGAAGUGCUCGAUGGGUGUUGCAGGUGACUUGUUUGAGGAAAUGUGUGAGAGAGGUUUAGUUCCUAAUGGUGUGAUCUUCACAACAUUGAUUAAUGGGCACUGCAAGGCCGGGAGGGUUGAUUUAGCUAUGGAUUCCUAUCAACGCAUGCUGAGACAGGGUGUCAAUCCUGAUUUGAUUACGUAUAACACACUAAUCGAUGGGCUUUCUAAGAGCGGGGACUUGAUCGGAGCACAUAAACUUGUCACUCAAAUGAAUGAAAAGGGUUUAAGGCCUGAUAAAAUUACAUACACUGCACUUAUCGAUGGGUAUUGCAAAGAGGGAGAUUUGGAUGCUGCAUUUGAGGUCAGAAAAGGAAUGGUUGAAAAUGGAAUAGUUCUUGAUGAUGUGACAUAUACCUCCUUUAUUACAAGUUUAUGCCGGCAAGGGAGAGUAUCCAUUGCAGAGAGGAUGCUAAGAGAAAUGUUGGGUUCUGGUAUAAAACCUGAUGAUGCAACAUAUACCAUGGUCAUUGAUGGCUUCUGCAAGAAGGGUGAUGUUAAGAUGGGUUUUAAACUUCUGAGGGAGAUGCAAAGUGACGGGCAUGUGCCUGGAAUUAUAACCUACAACGUGCUUAUGAAUGGUCUAUGCAAGCGAGGUCAGAUGAAGAAUGCCGAUAUGCUCUUGCAUGCUAUGCUUAAUCUAGGCGUUGUCCCAGAUGACAUAACGUAUAACAUUCUGUUGGAGGGACAUUGCAAGCAUGGGAAGUCCGGGGAUGUUGAUAGGCUACGCGGUGAAAUGGGGCUGGUUUUUGACUAUGCGUCCUAUAGUUCACUAAUUAGUAGCUUAGAUAAAAAGUUAAGACACCACAAUAGAAGGUGACCGACCAUAUGUUGUGUUUUUGUAAAUGGUUUUGUAAAUGGACCAAGUGAUGGCUAUACAAAAUGAAGCUUGGUGAAGAAAUACAGAGGACUGCGAUAAAGCUCCAUAGAGAAAGGGCUUGUGCUAUACUUCAGAUUUGCAGCUCCAGAAAAUCCUCGACUCCCUACCCCAAAAGCGCGGUGAUUGGAUCAGAAAACUGCAAGGGAUGGGGUUCUCUGGACACAGUACUUGCAGCAGAAUGCCUUGCCCUAACCCUUCUGACUCAAGGGAGCUUAACCGCUGACUGCUCAAUGCCUUGUCCAUCCUGCUCAAAAAUGGACAAUCAUCAGCCCAUACACACAUACCAUCAAGCCUCAAGUCCAUGGAUUUCAGACUAUCAUCAGCCCACCUGCCAACUUUUUCUCAUUAUUGCCUAGCUAGUUCUGCUGCAAGUUACCUUUCAGAUCUUAGUGCUAACAUUCCUUUUGUAUCAGAUUUAAGUCCAUUUCAGCUCCAUUCCACCUCCCAGAUAGCAGCACUCCCAGAUCAGCAGCUGCACACAUUAGUUCACUACAGCCCUUUUACCAUCAAGCCUCAUGUCUAUGGAUUUCAGACAAUCAUCAGCCCACCUGCCUUCUUCUUUCCUUGCUUUUUCCUUCUUUUUUUUUUUUAACAGCAGCCACCUCCCAGAAUCAGCCUUGCUAGUGGACAUUCACCUCUGUUACCUGUUUCCUCCACCUGUAUCUGUAAAUAAGCAAACAAAGUUAAAUGAAAUCAGCACCUGGUGAGAAAGAACAGUGUGGGAUCCCCUCCAAGCUAAGUAAUUGCAAAAAACCUUUGGGUAACCCAUCAAUCUUUGUAAAUGAAACAUUCCAGCCUUUGCCCUUCUCCACCAGUGUCUUGGCAAUACAAUUCACACUCCCAUUACAUCUUUCAUUCCUCACAAUCAGACCAUUCUCCCCCUCCCAGACUGCAUUAAUCUGCUCAUCAGUCUCCAGAAUUACUUUCCCAAUCCUCUUCCUUCUACACCAAGCCCAACAACAUUGAAUCAUUUCCAGAACUGGUGCUCCUUCCUCCUCUGAUCUGACCCCAGCUAAGCAAAAUUGACCUUUAGCAUUUCUGAUAAAAUAUGCACAACCUUUCCCAUUCCUGCUCACAGCCCAGUUUAUCUUAACCCAUCCUUUUGGAGGUUUGUUCCAACAAGAUUUUAUAGUCAGUCUUCCAUUCCCAAAUCCAUGUGCCCUUUUCAUUAAAAACUCCCAGUUUGGUGGAAGUCCAUCCCAGCUUGGCCACUUUCUUCUUAUACACUCUACCAUAUCCCUAGUUACUUUAAAAAUGAUCCUUCUUGCAGAUGCCUGUCCUCCCCCAUACCUACACUGAGUGUAAUCUACCCAUAGUUCCCAUAUAAUGAUCAUUGGAAGUCUAUCAGCUAAGAAUUUCAGAAACCUGUUACUACUUUGCCAAUUCCACCAAUCCCAGCAUAUCCUUCUCACACCCAUCUUAACCAGCCUAACCCCCUGUUAAUUUCUGGUGCAGAUGGGUAUAAUUUGGUAUGAAUUUCUGGUGCAGAUGUCUUGAUACCCCUGUUAAUUUCUAUGCUGUGGUUGCAUAAAACUGCUACGGAAACUAGUGGAAUAUCUUGCCAUCCCAUGCCCCAUCCUUAAACAUAUAUAUAUAUAUAUAUAUAUAUAUCAGUGUUGGGAAAUUCAGCCUAGGGGGCUUCUGGCCGAGGCGAAUAAAAUUAACCCUAGUCCCUAGCCCCAGCCCCUAAUUUCUAAAUGCACAGCAGGUCAGUAGCCCCCUUCACGCACAGCAGUCGCACCCUCCCUCGCCGUCGCCUACUCCCUUGCCAUAUCCGGUUGCCGUCGCCUAGGCGUAGUCCAGCAGCAGCACUCCAGUCUCCAGGAACCAGCAGCACCGCCAGCCAGCACUCCAGUCUCCUGUUUCUUUUUUUUCUUUUUUCCUUAGGUGGCCUAGGCGCUAGAUGGCUCCCGCCGCCCGGUCGGUGCCUAGCAAGUUUCGCAACACUUGUCGAAAGAGAAAUUUCGCACUGGUGAGCUGACUUAAAAGAAAAGGACUUGCAAUACUAUUGACUUUUUAGAAUUCUUCUAUCAAUUUCUGUCUUGUUUUUUGAAAUAUCUUGACUACAACUUACCACAACUCCGUUUGUAUGUAAUUUGAGGUAAGCUAUUGCUGAGCAUGUUUGUAGACUGUAUUUGUAGAUAACUUCCAAUUUUGGGUUAGGUUUAAAGAGAAGUUGUAAAGGAAGCUAGAUAUGGAAUUUGUACGAGAUAUGAAGCUUUUUAGCGCUUAAAGUAGCCAUUAUGCAGUGACCCAAUAGAUUCAGAUUUAUGACUAGCAGACAAUGACUAAUUUGCAUCAUUGUUGGUUAUUUGAUUUCGUUGUUUCCAUCA